CAGUGCCAUUUGACGAAAAUGACAAGGAUGAUUCUGUGUGGUUCCUGGACCAUGACUAUUUGGAGAACAUGUACAACAUGUUCAAGAAAGUCAAUGCAAGAGAAAGAAUAGUUGGUUGGUAUCACACAGGACCCAAACUACACAAGAAUGACAUUGCCAUCAAUGAACUCGUGAAGCAAUAUUGUACCAAUUCUGUUUUAGUCAUCAUUGACGUGAAACCGAAAGAUCUGGGUCUACCAACGGAGGCCUACAUAUCUGUGGAGGAAGUGCAUGAUGAUGGCACUCCCACAUCCAAGACCUUUGAACAUGUCACCAGUGAGAUUGGUGCUGAAGAAGCAGAGGAAGUGGGCGUGGAGCAUUUACUCCGAGACAUCAAGGACACAACAGUUGGCACCCUGUCUCAACGCAUCACCAAUCAGGUGCAUGGCCUAAAGGGCCUCAACUGCAAGUUAGUGGAUAUCAAAGGGUAUUUGGACAAAGUUGCCGCAGGUAAGCUGCCCAUCAACCACCAGAUCAUCUACCAGCUGCAGGAUGUCUUCAACCUGCUGCCUGACGUCAACCUUCAAGAGUUCAUCAAGGCAUUUUACCUCAAGACCAAUGACCAGAUGCUGGUGGUUUACCUGACUUCACUCAUCCGCUCCGUGGUUGCUCUUCACAACCUCAUCAACAACAAGGUCGCCAACCGAGAUGCAGAGAAGAAGGAAGGCCAGGAAAAAGAGAAGGAAAAAGAGAAGGGAGACACUAAGAAAGAUAAGAAGGACAAGAAAUGAAGCAAUGCUCAUUUCAGACUACAGACUGGCUUUUUUUUCUUCGUUCUCCCCACCUGUCAGACACUAUCUUUUUUUAAUGGAUUCAAAGAGUGAAGGGAAUUGGCUAUUUGGUUAUCUACUCCACAUAAGUCUUAUUGUUUUUUAUUCUUAUACAGCUCAUUUGGUUAAUGUUUCAACCAUUUUUAUUAAUUUCACAACAAACAUAUUACUAAUACAACAUUGGAAUUA